UUUGUAUCUUUCAAGAUGCCAAACAUUCCAACAUCAAAGAAAAAUUCCAACCAUGUUGAUGUCCCAAAUAAUGUAACAAAUGGUAACCAUAAACCUUCAUUGGGUCCAACAACAAGUGACAAUACACUUGGUAACCAUCUUGCAAGACGUUUAGUUGAAAUUGGAAUCAAUGAUGUGUUUGGUGUCCCCGGAUAUUUCAACCUUGCACUUCUUGAUUAUUUGGUAGCUGAACCUAAACUUAAUCUAAUUGGAUGUUGUAAUGAAUUAAAUGCUGGUUAUGCAACUGAUGGGUAUGCUAGAGGUAAAGGUGUUGGAGCAUGUGUUGUUACAUUUAAUGUUGGUGGACUUAGCAUUAUUAAUGCUAUUGCUGGUGCUUAUAGUGAGGAUCUUCCAAUUAUUUGCAUUGUUGGGGCUCCAAAUUCUAAUGACUUUGGUAGUAACAAGAUUCUACAUCACACCAUUGGAUUACCUGAUUUUAGUCAGGAACUUCGUUGCUUUGAACCUGUAACUUGUCACCAGGCUGUAAUAAACCACCUAGAAGAUGCACGUGAAAAGAUUGACACAGCCAUUGCAAUUAGUCUAAGAGAAAGCAAGCCUGUAUAUAUAAGCAUAGCCUGCAACUUGUCUACCAUCGCUCACCCUUCCUUCAUUCAUCACUCUAUCCCAAUUUAUUUGACUCCCAGAGUAACAAACGAACAGAGUUUGGAAUUUGGUGUGGAGGCAGCAGCAAAGAUAUUAAACAAGGCAAUAAAACCAGUAAUGAUAGGUGGUUCAAUGAUGCGAAAGUCAAAAGCAUGUGACACAUUCAUGGAUAUGGCAGAUGCAUCAGGUUAUGCAAUUGCAAUUUUACCUUCAGCAAAAGGAAUGGUUUCAGAAAAUCAUCCUAAUUUCAUUGGAACAUAUUGGGGUGUAGCUAGCUCUUCCUUCUGUUCAGAAAUUGUUGAAUCUUCAGAUGCUUAUUUACUUGCUGGUCCAUUUUUUAAUGAUGUUACUACUAUGGGAUACACAUUAUUAAUUAAAAAGGAAAAAUCAAUUACUGUUUUUCCAAACAGAGUUGUUAUUGGUAAUGGACCUACUUUUGACUUCAUUUCAAUGAAAGAUUUUUUCAAAGCACUUUCCAAAAGACUCCAACGCAACACCACAUCAAUUCAGAAUUAUCGCAGAAUUUUCGUCCCUGAUGGUUUACCAAUUCAUUCUAAGACAAAGGAUCCAUUAAGGAUUAAUGUUUUAUAUCAUCACAUACAAAAUAUGUUGUCUUGUGACAAUGCUGUGAUUGCAGAAUGUGGUGAUGCUUGGUUUAAUACUCAGAAAUUGAAACUUCCACAAGGAUGCGGGUUUGAAGCUCAACUGCAAUAUGCAUCAUUAGGUUGGUCCAUUGGUGCAACUCUUGGUUAUGCUAAAGCUAAUCCACAUAAGAGAGUCAUUACUUGUAUUGGUGAUGGUGGUUUCCAGAUGACAGCACAAGAAAUCUCAACAAUGUUGAGAUGUGGACUAAAUGCCAUAAUCUUUCUAAUAAAUAAUGGUGGUUAUACAACAGAGGCAGAAAUUCAUGAGGGGCCUUAUAAUGUGAUAAAAAAUUGGAACUAUGCUGGACUUGUUGAAACAAUAGAUAAUGGUGAAGGCAAGUGUUGGACUGCCAAGGUACACUGUGAGGAGGAGUUAAUAGAAGCAAUAAGUAUAACAAUGGAGAAAAAGAAUUGUCUAUGCUUUAUUGAAGUGAUGAGUCACAAAGACGAUACAAGCAAAGAACUUCUUAAAAUGGGAAAUAAGCUUGCUGUUCUUGGUGGCCGUCCACCUAUAGAUUACUAA